AAAUGAUCGCACCAAUUUCGGGAGAAUUAAGAAAUAUUAAAGAAGAUGUAAUCAAACAUCCCAUGAAGUUGUCUUGGACUGACCUCAGUUAUACUGUUAAGGCUCAGUACUCCAAGAAAGCUAUGGAAGCUCAAGGAGCCACUCAAAAAACAUAUGAAAAGGUCCUACUUAAGAAACAACAUGGAUACGUGAAUAGUGGAGAAGCACUAUUCAUCAUGGGUUCUUCUGGAGCAGGCAAGACCACUCUGCUCAAUGCUCUGUGUGAUAGACUACAAAAGACCAAAAACUACAAACUCGAAGGAGACAUUCUGUUAAACAACAGCCAUCCAGUUUCUCAGAAAGACUUCGGGAAAUACGGAGUAUACGUCAUGCAAGACGAUGUGUUGUUUCCCACUCUGACUUGUGAAGAAGCCAUCAAGUUUUCAGCUCAACUUCGGACAAAUCUUCAAGGACAGGACCUCAAACUCAAAGUCAAUGAGACCAUUGAAGCUUUGAACUUGAUCCAUUCCAAGAAAACUCUUAUAGGAGACAAGAUCAUGAAGGGUCUGAGGCCUGGGGAGAGAAAGAGAACUGCCAUUGCCAUAGAAUUGGUCACUGAUCCUGACAUCAUAUUUUUGGAUGAACCAACAUCUGGUUUGGACAGCUUCACUGCAAACAAGAUUGUAAAACUGCUUGUGGAUCAAGCCAAAGCUGGGAAAACAGUUGUUGCUACCAUACAUCAACCAAGCUCAAGCACUUACUCGUUGUUCGACAGGCUUUUGCUUCUGAUGGAUGGCUAUCCAAUAUAUCAAGGCAAAGCCCAAGAAGCAGGCCAAUACUUCGACAAGAUCGGGUUCAAAAUUCCGAAGUUUGCAAACCCUGCUGACUACUACUUGAAAGAGUUUUUUAUUCCAUUCAACAAAACCAAGAAAGACGAACAGAAACUUGAAACUCUGCUUGAUGGCUACCAGAGUCACAUUGCUGGGAAGAUCUUAGGCGAAGACAAAGCGAUCGAAAACUUUGAAGUGACAGACCAAUACCUGAAAGAAGCGCAUCCGCAUGCUGGGAUGGUCACCGAGUUCAUGGUUUUGACAAGAAGAACAGGGCUGAACUUGAUUAGAAACCCCAAUUCGACAACCAUGAGAGCAUUGAUGAUCAUUGUGACUUCUAUCUUGAUGUCCUUGGUGUUCUGGGAUCUCAGUGAUUCAAAUAACGAAGUCCAGAAUAAAACAGGCUUCUGUUUCUUUCUGGGUGUAAACAUGAUCAUGAGUACUCUUCAGUCAAUAAUUGUGAUCUUCAUCAUGGAAAGACCAGUUUUCUUGAGAGAGUAUGCGAGCAAAUCAUAUGGCCUCUGGUCUUAUUACACAUCAAAAUCUGUUCUUGAAAUUCCGUUUCAGUUCAUCACUCCUGUAUUGAUUUCAUGUGUCGUCUAUUUCACUUGAGGAAUGACAGUGGAUUUCGGGAAAUUCUGAAUUUUUACUCUGACUCUAAUGCUUGCAGUGUUAGCCGCAACUUCAAUUGGAUUUUUCAUUGGUUGUAUAUUCACAGAUGCAUCAACAGCGACCCAAGCAUCGAUGAUUAUCAUGCUCCCCUUCAUUGUAUUUGGAGGAUAUAUGGUAAACCUUAAUGAUGUAUAUCCUUGGUUAUCAUGGUUGCAAUACACAUCACCCAUCAGAUUCGUCACAGAAGCCUUAGUCAGAAACGAAUUCGAGAAUAAUGAUGACUACUCCAACCCUCAAGAAAUCUUCGAUAAAUACGACUACAACGUUGGGCUCGGGUGGUCGAUUUUGAUUAUCUUGUUGAUAGGAAUAAUAUACAGAGGUCUUGCCUACAUUGCUCUCAAAUUGACUAUUUCAAAAGUGCAAUAAUAAAAUGUGACGUUGCGAAUAAAAAUCAGCCUCAAUAAACCUUUUUCUUUUAUA